CGCGCGCGCUCACAUUUCUCUCUCAAUUUUUGUAAAAGUCGGUCGCCGAUUUAAAGUCCCCAAGUCGGCUUAACACUAGUCUUAUCAAUGAAUUAAUACCAAGGAAUACUCAAGUGAAACAACAAUUAUGCAGAAGUUCAAAAGCAAAACGAACCAAACAGAGCUUCGAUCUCUGGUGCUCCUCCUUGUCGCUCUCUUCGCUGUCUGCGGUUUGGGUGUGGCACAUGCGUCGUUGGUGCCUCCCAACAGCCAACAAAUCUUCAAGCUGCAGAAUACGGUAAGCCUCAAGGGACUGAGCAACGCAGCAGGCAAUGCCGAGGAGACGCGCUACACCUUUGAAACCGAACUGAAGAUCAAUUCGGUUUGGAGCCAAGGCGAGGAUCAGCUGCUGGAGGUGUCAUUCAGCGGCAGUCGCGUGAGUACGCCCGGCAUGGACCAUCUGAUUGAGCGUACGAUUAGCCAGAUACCCGACAGACCCUUCUACAUCAGUCUGGUGCAGGGACAGCCGGAGCAGGUGUUGGCCCACACGGGUCGGGAUCAAUCGCUGCUGAACCUGGAGCGUGGCAUUGCCUCGCUGCUGCAGCUACGCUUUGAAGGCAGCGAGGAACUCGAUGUCUCCGGCCGCUGUCGUGUCGCGUACAGUGUGAAAUCCUCAACGCGCGUGGAGAAGACCAAGAGCGAGUGUGCUCUGUGGGAUCUGCGCGUCAACUAUCAUCCCGAGGAGGCUCUGGGCGUGUCCCAGCUGUCCCAGGAGCAAGUCAACUACGAGCUGACCGCCGAGGGUGGCCUGCUGCGUGCCGAGUCCGUGGAGACGCAUCGCCUGACGCUGGCCGCCAAGCCAGAUGUUGGCAGCACUGUGCAAAGCAUUUUGCUGCUUCAACACGCAUCCCAAGGAUCGGAGGAGGUGAAGCAGCUGGCUGUGAGCAGCCUGGAGGCUGCCAUUGAGAGCCUGUUGGAGUGGUAUCGCGUGUUCCAGCUGGAGGCGGAUGUGGACAGCAGCAUCAGCGAGCUGCAACAGCAAACUCUGGAAAAACUGCUCGCCCAAGCGGAGGAUCAAUUGCAGGCCGAAAACGUAGGCAAAUCCUCGCUCGCGGUACUGUUCGUUGAGCUGCUGCCUCUCGCACGUCUCACCAAGCAGCCGCAGCUGGAAAAGUUGCUGGAAAACCACGAGAAAUUGCUGCCCCAAUUGGUGGAUCUGCUGGGCGCAGUGCAAACCUUCGACGCGCACAAUGCCACCUUCAGUCAUUUGUACAGCGAUGCGGCGACCAGCACGCAGCACUUGGAGCUGCUGGAAAAGUAUUUGCAAUCGCUGGCAGUGGCCACGCAUCCAGAGCGGCGCAUUGUCGAGCAUUUGUUUGGUUUGCUGAAGGUGGACGCUCCCAAGAAGCAGUCGGCACUGAGGGAAAGCAUCAUCCAAACGCUGGCCACGCUCACGCGACAGAGCGGCUUCGAGGGCAACGACCUGCUGCUGCAGCAGGUGCGCGAAUUCCUGCUCGAGGGACUUGGCUCCAAGCAGCCCGCUUUGUACAUCCGUGCGCUGCAGAAUCUCCAGGAUGUGGCCACCAUUGAGGCGCUGCUGGAGCAGGCACAGUCACGGCAGGAACCCAAUCUAUCGGUGGCUGCUUUGCAGGCCUUGAAAGCCUUCCCCCCGCGCAGCUUUAACAGCUCGCAUCGGCAGCAGUUCGAGAGCAUCUUCUAUCAGCGACAGCGACGCUACGAUAGCUCUGCGCGCACCCUGGCCUUGGAUGUGCUGCUGGCAAUGCGACCCACAGCGGCGCAGCUGGGACACAUUUUGGAUUAUUUGUGCUCCACCGACAGACAGUUUGAGAUUAAAACUUAUGUGCUGCAGAAGCUGCGCAUGCUGGCCGAGAUGUGUCCACGUUUUAGGGGAAUGUUCAGCUCGGAGCUGGCCAAGCGCUCGAAGGUGAACAACUACCACGUGCUGGGACAAAAGGGUCUCACCACUGUGCUCAGCCGGCAGCUGUCGCAGUCGCCUGCGUUCAACGAAUCGCUGCUCAGCACCCAGGAGGUGCAGCAGGGCAUCCUCAAGCGUGGCUCUGUGGAGUUUCUGCUCAAGGCGGGCCAUGCGCAGGCCAGCAGCUUCAAGCUGGGCAUCUACACCGCCGGCCUGGGUGCUGUGGUGGGCGAUGGCGACGCCAGCGAUGAGAAUGAUCCCAUACCCGCUGACGAUGCGCUGGACAGCGGCGAAAGCGUCACCGCUGGCAUGGAGAUCAGCGUGCAGGGCUCGCAGCUGCGACCGCUGAUCUUUUUCACCGGCCAAACCGAGCUCAUGGGUCAUGUGUGGGGCGGCACGGCCUCGGACUCGACGCCUGCGUAUCAGGCCACCACGCUGGCGCAGGAUCAUGAGCAUUACAUUGUCCUGGCUUCGGGGGCGAGUCUGCAUUGGCGGGUGCUCGGCGCACGCAGCGUGGAUCUCAAUGGCAAGGUGGAAUUCAGCUUGUGGAAUCGAAAUGCCCAAACGGAAAUCCAACAAAACACUGGCAGCGCUGUCCUGGGUCACGUGGCUGUGGGCUUCACCUAUGCGAAGCUUGUGCAGGAUUUCACUUUGCGGCACGAACCAAAACUGAGUCUGCAGGCGGAUUUGGACUUUUACAGCGGCAUUAAGCUGUGCAUGCAACUGCAGCGACCCGAGCAGCUGCUCACGCAAACCAGCACUCGCUCGGUCUUUCUGCAGGAGGUGGAGCGUUCGUAUGCGAAGCAUGUCCACUCCACAAUUAACCAUCGAACGCCCGGCUGCACCUUUGCCCUCAAUCAGAAGAAUAAUGAAAUGUGCAAUUUGAUAUUUAGCGAUCAGUAAGACUUAAAACCCCAAAACAAAAUGAGAUUCGAGAGAUUUGCUUCCAGAAAUUUAAUCAAUUUAAACUGAAAUGCUAUGUAAAAAGCGCUGAGAUUAAGACUCGAUAUAGUUGUAAACAUGUAAGAACAAAGACAAUAUAAUUUUCCAUGCCAAAA